GAGGACAAAAACAAUCGGCAUCUCUCACAGUACAACACAAACAGCAGGAAUCUAGCCGAAAUUUAUAAUUAAAUACAUUUCUCAACGACACCGACACCACCGAGGGAGAAAUGGUUUCUCCAGUCACUGUGGUCAAGAGUGAAGGCCCCAAGCUGGUGCCAUUCUUCAAGGCAACCUGUGUAUACUUUGUCCUGUGGCUUCCCACCUCAAGCCCAUCCUGGUUCAGCGCUCUGAUCAAAUGUCUGCCCAUCUUCUGCCUCUGGGUCUUUCUUCUGGCACAUGGAUUCAGCUUUCUAGGCGCUCACUCCAGUGCCCGCAAGAUUUUGGCUGGCCUCAUCUUUUCUGCUCUGGGCGAUGCCUUUCUCAUCUGGCAGGAGCAGGGCUACUUCGUCCAUGGCCUUCUGAUGUUUGCCAUCACCCACAUCCUCUACUCGUCGGCCUUUGGGAUGAAGCCCAUUAACAUGUCUGCUGGCCUGGUGAUCACUGCUGUGUCCUCUCUGAGCUACAUGCUGUUGUACCCUUACCUGUCUGGCCCCUUCACCUACCUGGUGGCCGUCUACAUCGCUCUGAUCGGCUUCAUGGGCUGGAGGGCCAUUGCAGGCUUGCAGCUGACCAACGACCUGUGGACCUGGACCAAGCUGUCCGCCUGCCUGGGCGCCGUGCUCUUCAUGGUCUCUGACCUCACCAUCGCUGUCAACAAGUUCUGCUUCCCAGUGCCCCAUUCGCGCGCCAUCAUCAUGGCCACCUACUACGCUGCCCAGAUGCUGAUAGCACUGUCAGCCGUAGAGUGCCAGGAUGUGGAGGUGGCCAGGAAGAGAUUGUGAGGUACCGUGGUGCCAGCAGUGAAUGGGCGCAAAGCGGGGAAGGUGGCAGCCACCCCCACUCCAGCCCUGAGUGAUCAUGGACACAUCUCACUGCCAGAUCCCCAACCCUCGACCCUCAUCUCAGUGUGGCGCUCCCACACUGUUACCAUGACGACUGGUUCACUCCAGUCUUCUCACAGCUAUCCCCCUACUACCCGACUAGUAUGGUAGUCUCACACUUGUCUUCUUACCACGAAGAUAUGGUAGUAUUAUCUUCAGCAUCUCCCGACAACAGUCCUACCUGCCUCUUCCGAUCCUAGAAUGGCUGUCUCCGAACCUAGUUGCCAUGGAGACAGACGUAGUAAUAUUAACCUGCUAUAUAUAGAGAGUAUUACUUUACUUUUAACUGAUAUGUUUUAAUUUAAGGGGAGCAUGUCACUGGGGACCUUUAAGUGAGUGUGUGUGGGAGAGUGAUUGUGUGUGUGUGUGUGUGUGUGUGUGUGUGUGUGUGUGUGUGUGUGUGUGUGUGUGUGCGUGUGUGCGCGCGUGUGUGUGUGUUUGAUUAACACUCUUACCUCGCUUUUCACACAGUCCCAUUACACACAGUCACCACACUGACUCCCACUACACACCUCUACUUUAUGUGGUCCAAUAAUGCAACAUAACAUCUUAUUUUUGUCUUUUCUCUUUGCCUGACACCUUGUUAAAAAGGGAUUUUUUAUUAUCUGACUGACUUGCCCAUGUUUGGCUUUUCCACUUUCUUUUGAUCCCCUGAAUUAAGGGUGCUAUUAUUGAAGUCAGGAGCGUUAUCCACACCUGCUUUAUUAUCUGCGGCCCCAUCCAUUUCAUAUGUAACGACCACACUGCCUUUGUUCACUUCUUGAUUUACUAUCCUCUACAAAUCAACACCCAGUCUCUGUGGAUGAAUGAAUUAUGCUGUCUUAAAUAACUAUAUUCGCAGACAGAGAAAGACAAAGCUGAAAAAUAAAGCAAUGAGUUGGAAAUGCAAGCAGGAAAAGUUGCGUGACUGCAACAAAGGCUGUGUAUUGUAGUGACUAAGAGUUGGAGAUUGUUUGUGGAAGCUUGAUCCAGGUAUUGACACUGUCCUGCUGUCACAAAGAAACUCACAGUAAACACUGUCCUCGCAGCACACCGCUGUGCACAAUGUAACAUGACGUACAGUGCACCUGCUCCGCCUUUCGGUGUUAUGUCUCUCAGGCGUUUUACAGUUUUUUGCCUGCCAGUUUUUCCUAGAAAUGUAGGUGCAAAUUUUGACACGCUCACACACCUGACACCUACGACCCCUGCUGGUUUAGUUAUUAGGAAAAGUCCACGGGGUUCAUAUUGCUGGACUAGAUCAGCCGUCCCAUGCUGUCAUUGGCCAGGGACCAUGUUUUGAAGAAUGGAAAAGAAAAAGCUAUGUUACUGGCUGGAAUCUUUUGUUUAUCAACUCUCUCUCUGUGUAUCUGGGCCUCAGAAAUUCACUCACUCAUAACGACAUGCACACAAACAUGCCCAUAAACAUACACAUUGCCUCUGGGUAGCUGAGUGAGAAAAAAAGGGAGAUGGGGAACUGGCUUGUCACGUGAGGGAAAAGUUAUCCCAUUAUUCUCAAUAAUUCCCUCUCGCAGGACAUUUCAUCAGUUUUAAUCCUGCAAAAUCCACCACGGCUAAUCCCCAACAGGUCGGCUGAUAUUUUUUGUCUUUCAUCUAUCACACAUUCCUCUCUCUCACCUUUCAUUUGUUUCGCCUGCUGCAAAUGGUGUAUGCUAGGAUGAAGUGUCUAAAUAUUGAAGAAGUAUACUGUAUACCCUUUCCUCAGAUUUCUACAUACUGUAUAUCCAUGUUUUGAGAGUAUGCGUGUGUGAAUGUGUGUAUUGCCUUUGUCUUUGCUGUUGAGUGAACAUCUGUGUGUGCCUGUGACAAGUCAGAACCAACUCAAGGCCAGAAAUGCUGUGAACCAUCAUAGUUUGUGUGGAGUAGACUCACUACUGGAUAUCUUAAAUGUAUUCUCACAAGGCUCGUAAACCGUCUUCAUACCUCUCGCCUCUUAAAAUUUGUAACCUAUUUCUGCCUUUUAUAGGGUCCCCCGAUGGUGUUAUCAGUUAAGUAUGACUUUAAGGUAGUAUUUGAUGGGGUACAGUAUAUAGAAACUAGUGUUUAUCUAUUCUUUAUUCUAAUUUGACCUUGAGGCUGGGGCAGGUGGUUUUCUGGAAAAGGGUAAAAAAAAAAACAACAACUCCAGAUUUUAAAAAAUACAGCCCUUGUCCUUCCCAUUCGUCCUAAGCCCCUCCCACCAGACAAGUACGGGCUUAUGCACACGCUUCAUAGCAACCUGAAUGUGUAUUAGUCAUUCAUUUCAAUCAUCCUGAUCAUAAUUAUGACCCCGAAAGCAAUAGCUGUAAUUCUAUGAGAAUUACUGUUUCCUUUGCAAACUUGUGGACCUAUCAAGCCCUUUGAGACAACAUACUGUGCUUCGAAGCUCUAGCUGGCAACAUUCAAUUUGCAGCAGCUAUGAGCCUUUGGCUAUGGUUUGCUGAAGGCUAAACUUAUCACAAUUUUCCCUGACAUGCUUUGCUGAUAUUGACGUUUUAUUGUGUUUCUGCUAGACUCUCUUUUUGAUAUGUUCGUCUUCCAUUUUUGUGGCUGCUUUUGCAUUGCAGGCAUUUGUUGCCAAUACUGGAACAGCAACUUUUUCUGCACAAUUUUCUGCCAGUUAAUCAAGCUGUCUCUCUGUGUGACUGGCCAGAGUCUCCUGUCAGGGGUUAGAUCUUCUUAACUUAAAAACGAACCAGGAGGAGGUGCAGAAGUCUAGUUUCUCUCAGAUUACUUGAAUUACUAUGUGGGAUUCUUGCCCAACGAUGCUAAAAGAAAGCCCACCCUAGCUUUAACAGUAACCUUUUCAAUUAGUGGACAGGCCUCCCCUUACCUGUUACCUAGUAUACAUCACUGGCAUUAUGAUUAAUACCGCCAAGAGUUUGUAUAAUAGAAAGAAAAUCAGUUUUAUCACAAAUAAACACUCACAGUUCAAAGUAUUAAUCACUAACAAAAAUAGCAAUGUGACAUUUUUGUUUAACGUUUCAGUCCACAUGCACCUUAAUGUGAUAUAUUGUGCUGUAUAUCAAACAAACGGGCAUGGAAAAGAAACAGCCCCAUGUUAUGGGUUCCUUUUGCUGGGUCAAUGACCCCUAGAGCUGCCAGCAACACACCCACAUACAUACACACAAAAAAAACCCACACACAUCAAAAUGUGUUUAUGCAUCACAUGAGCCACCAUCGCAGAUCUGCAGGCAGAUCAUGGUGUUGACACUCAGCGAGGUUACUUAAACAUCAAAAGCAGCACAUAGUCUUAGUUUGACCAGGAAUGACACUCAGCCCAAGCGUCUACUCCUGACCGACGCUUUGCCGGAUAGUUCCUCAAUCUCCUUUCAGCCUGUCAGCACACUCGUCAGCACGAUAUUUAUGCUUUGUCAGUCAAAAGUGUUUCAUCAGUCUAUCUGUGUGACUAACGCCCAGCCGUAGCAGUGCUCUCCCUCUUUUCAUCUCAUCCACCUCACCAGCAGAACAAGUUUCUGUCAACAAUUAAUAAAAGCCUUUAUGUCCACAGAGGCUUGCUUGCAGACAUACAUUUGUCUGCUUUAUGCUGUCUUAUAUCAGGGUUUAGUGGCGUACAUGCAGAGAUGCUGGUUAACAUGAUUGACUAUCUGGUAUGCAGUCUAAAGUAAGACCAUGAGGGAAUGAAGAGAUCGACUCAAUCCAUCUGACUCAUACUUAAUAUGUGGGCACUUUAUGUAAGCACUACUUUCUUUGUCUUCUGCCACAUAAAGCCUUCCUAAUGGCUUCAUGCCAGAAGACAGGCUUUACUUUGAAGUGUUUCUGAGAUUAUUUUUGUCGGCCGGCCCACAGUUUGGAAAGUCUUCAUGACUUUGGAAAAUGAAGUUACUUUUUACCAGAGUGAUAAAUGAGUGGUAGCCUGUAAAACAAGAACUCAAAUACCAUGUUUAGGUUUUAAUACUCGCUCUGCUUCUCCUCCAUCGUUUCUAUUUUUAUGUGAAUUGGGCGCAGAUAAUCGAAGCUGAAAGCAUGACAGAAAUUUGAACUUGUUUCAUCGAGUGGAACUUCCUUGUAUUAGAGUCCUCUCAUGUAUCAAACAACCUUUUGUUUUGCAGGAGGCAGAGGUCUCCCUCGUUGGUACAGGAGUGCAUUUGGCCCUAUACUUAGGAAAGCGGUUAUUGUUAAGCGAUACUGUAGCUGUAAAUUAGUCGAGGAGGUGAAAUGUGACACACAGGGGAAGACUCCCUUUGCAUCCGGCCUGUAAGCUGCCAUCCUGUCCCCCCACAGAUGGCAGGCCAGAAGGCGCAUCACUUUACCUCGGCCUGUCAACAGCCCUGUUGUUCUGAGCUUUGUGCAUGCAGACAAAAGGGACCUGGGAGAGCUGUGGGAGGCCAGUAUGGUCCAUCCUGCGCUGUGAGUAAUGAGCUGGAACCAGUAGCUGUUGUAGUAGAGGGGGCCCGUGGUUGAACUCGGCCUUCCGAAUAAGUCGGCACUUUUCUUUCAAAGUUCUCCCUCUUUCUUUAUGCUGAUGUUUCUUGUGAUGUUUCAUUUAAAGACUUUGCUGUAUCACACAGCAGGUGAUAUUCAAAACAAAGCUGUAAGUGUUUCUUUACUCAUGCAUGACACGGUUGAGAAUCCUCCAUGUCAACACUCAUCUACUGCGGUGGAAAAGUGCGCACUACACACCCAGGUGUUUUUAUGACUGAAAGUCCUCCUUCAUGUGUAUGAGCAAAUAGCGAGUGUGUAUUGCAACAUUUGUAACCUGGAUCUACAGUGUGCUGCACUUUUCUGUAUACAGCAUAAGGCCAGUCAAUCUCUCUUAAAACUAUCAGCUAGUGUUUUAACAAAAUGUUUGUUGUAUCUUUUAAAGUAUAUAUUCCUUUUUCCAUUUAAGUCUUUUAUUUUCUUAAGAGAGACAGCAGAAGUUACUGAUUUGAUAUUGAUGGUUUUAGCACAAGAAAGUGAUGCAUGGACGCAUGAGAGAAUGGUUUUUCUUUAAAAGGCAUUAAUUACUCUUGAAGUGUUACAAACCUUUAUGUAUAGAUAUUUUUUAAAAAAAUGUUAUCCUUUUAUUUGCAGAAAAGCAGCCCCUAAUGUUAUUGUUGCCUGUCACUGUGGAAAGAGCUGGGUUUGUUUUCCACGAAUAACUUUUGAAGGCCCAUUACAAUGCAUCAUAUGACCUAAUUUUAUGAACAAAUGUUUUUCUCUCUAAUUUUUAUUAUAUGAUAUAUUUUACCUUGUUGUCAUUGAUUUUCACUUUGUGAUUUCUUCAUUUCAUGACCAUAGAGAUGAAAUAGUUUCUUUGCUGUAGUGAAACUGCUAUGAAUGUGAAUAUCUAUUGGGAAAAUAAAUGCAAGUACAAUGCAACUUCAACAUUA